AUGACACCUGCGGACACAGCUAAUGAGGCUUUGAAUGAAACACUGGCGGCUGUGCAAUUGUUGAUGAAGCGGUGCAUGAUGUUGCGGCAAGGCGAUCCAGAAGCAUUGAAACUCUCGGAUGAGAUCGCCAGACGGCUUGCAAAUAACUUGAAGUGUCAUGCAGGGAUUGCCACUUUGUUGUCCCCAGAACUAUUGUCAUGUGCAGCCAUUGUGAGAGACUGCUCAAAGGGUGGCAUCUUUCAGACUUUGCCGGAUUGGGGGUCUGUUACUGACAAGGAUCCGAGAAUUAAGGGUCACCCAUGGUUCAACAAGACAAUCAAUUACCGCCCUAUCGUCAGCAUUGAAAGUCCUGUUCUUCCUGAUGCUCAGACUCCAACAGCAAUAACAAGAAUAUCCUCCUCUUCCUCUUCCUCUGGAACUUCGGCACUGGUCUCAUUGACAACACCACCUGUCGCGGCUAUAUCUACUUCAGCCCCUCCUCCUGGAGACAUAGACCAUUCGAGCAUAUCUGCCACACCGGCAAUAGAACUGUCGCCAUUGUCACCAUCCCCAUUCUCAAAGGCAUUGGAACCUCUGACCCCCCUUCCUGUGUCAGCUCCAAUUCCGCUGAAAUACAACCUUUUUGUGCCAGGCAUUAAGAAUGCGGUGAAUGCAAUUCCAAAGGGUGGCAAUGGUAAGAAGAGACGGGCAGAAGAUGACCAACUGGUAGAGGCUAAAAUAGUUGACAACUCGAUUUCCCGGUCACGGAAGUCUGUUCUGAAGAGGAAAAGGGUAAUGUCGGCUGAUGAAGACAAUGAAACUACCAACCCAGUUCUGACGCAGGUGGUACCAUCACAGCGCAUCACCAAAGAGGAUUUGGCAUCGGCACGUUCGCAUCACUCGGAAGGCACAGAUGAUAGAGGUUUCUGGGAUGCAGAAAGCAGGCCUGUUGAAUGGGGCCAGGACUCUGCUAUUGCCACGGCAGUGAAGUAUUCCGUUCGUCAUCACCCACAGAAAUGCAACAAGUGCACCAAAUUGAGUGUGGCCUGUCUUGUCCUCCCGGAUAAGAAGUUCGGAUACAUUCGACUUGCCUGUGCUAAUUGUGAUGAUAUGAAGAUCACAUGUGCGAUCAACGGAGUCGGCGUCCGGGAAAGAAUGCAGGCAAAGGCCACAGCAGCAGGUGAUGCCCACCCUAUCUUGAUACUGCCGGCACUGUCCUCUUUGGAUGUUGAGCCUAACAACAUUGAACACGGAGACUCUGCACCGGAUGCUAACCCAAUGUCUGUUGAUAUUCCACCGGUUCACACAGAGGUUCAACCGAUGCCUAUGAUGUACCCAUCGGUGCAAGCUGAGGCGAAAAUGCCGCAAGCAGUCAAUCCUGCGCAGCCCAAGCCAACUGCAAGGGACAUCCUCCAGAGCAUCCAGGACCUUGGAAGGCAGCUUGAUCUUCUCGCCACCAGCGAAAGGGUCGAUGAGUUGGAUGCAAGACUCGGUUCGGUGGAAGAUGUCUUUGGACGGCGAUUGAGUGCACUUGAGCAACAUCUCAAUUCAUCUGAUACAGAAUGGAGAGCAAUGUCAGCUUCUGUUGGCCAUUUAACCAUUGCUCUUCGGGACCAUAAAGAUGAUCUUACUGCACAUCAUUCCCGGAUCAACACUACCACUUAUGCCCCCCUAAGUCAUGCAAAUGCACACCUGCCGGCCUGGCUCACUCAGAGUGAUGAAGACCCGCACAUCUCAGCAAUCGGCCGACAGUGGACUCAUGCGUGGGAUGCAUCCGUGAUGAUGGGUGUUCAAGAGCAUGUUGGUACCUCAGCAUCUGCUGUGCUCAUUACGGAAACUGUCGAUUCCAUGGUCCCGGCAGUGGAUGUAUCACCAGACACCUCUAGCGAUCUCUCAAUGAUAUCCAAUGAUUAA